AUGAAUGCUAUUUGUGAAGGAAGUCUUUACAACAUCUGUUCAUGUAAGAAGAAAUAUCAUCUACCACUAGGACUGCCAUUAUAUGAUGGCCAUUGCCACGUUGAUUUGUUCUUCAAAUAUGGAUUUAAUGAAGUUGACUUCAAUUCACAACUUGCUUAUGGAAGAAAAAUCGUGUUAAUAGAUAAUCGACAUCAUUACCAGAGAUGGUUCAUAAAUUACAUGAUCGACAAUCCCAAUGCUAAAAUCUUUACAACAUACGGUAUUCAUCCAAAGUAUAUUCCUAUUAAUCACGAACGUGCAUUACAAGAACUCAAAAAUAUUUUUGAGAAUAAAAUUAACUUAAAUACAAGCAAAGUCGCUAUCGGCGAGUGUGGCAUCGACGAUACCAGCAGAUCUUCCUUCGAUUCGCAGCUGUUUACAUUUCGAUCUCAACUCCAGAUAGCUGCCACACUAAAUAUCCAGGUUGUUCUUCAUGGUCGCGGUGAAAACUCUUUUCAAAUUAUUCUGAACGAACUGAAGAAAUUUUUAAACCAUAAUCACAACAUUCAAUGGCAUUGUAUAAACACAAACAGCGAUUUGAAUAUUAUAUCAGAUUUCUUAAAUUAUUUCAAUAAUUCAUUCAUCGGCUUGAAUGGAUCAGUAAUUGCACAAGACGAUCCCGAAUCACAGAAACAAUUCAAUAGUUGGCUAAUUAAUCAAACAAAUAUUAUUGAUCGUAUAAUCCUCGAAACUGACUUUCCAUUUUUACGUCCACCUGGAUUGGACCCAUAUCGAUAUACACCAGUCAGCGGAAUAACAUUCACAGCACAAUACAUCGUCAACGUUUUGAGAAUGAAAAACAUGAAUACGACCAAAUUGAUUGACAAAUCAAAUAGUAACAUUCAACGAAUGUACGUUAUCAAUUGA